CUGCCCGAAGCCGCCCUGCCUCUAGCGCCUUCCCAGCCCAUUCCUGCUGCUUCCCGGAGGUGCCAGAGGAGCAGACUGUGGCCCAUGGGGCCCUUGGUGCUGCCAGCCUGGCUGCAGCCCAGGUAUAGGAAGAAUGUGUAUCUUUUCAUCUAUUAUUUAAUUCAGUUCUGUGGCCACUCAUGGAUACUGGCAAAUAUGACAGUCAGAUUCUUCUCAUUUGGGAAAGAUUCAAUGGUCGACACGUUUUACGCUAUUGGGUUAGUGAUGCGGGUUUGCCAGUCCAUUUCCCUUUUGGAGCUACUGCACAUUUAUAUUGGCAUUGAGUCAAAUCAGCUUUUCCCGAGGUUUCUGCAGCUCACAGAGAGAGUGGUCAUCCUUUUUGGGGUGAUCACCAGUCAAGAGGAGGUCCAAGAGAAAUAUGUAGUGUGUGUUUUAUUCAUCUUUUGGAAUCUACUGGAUAUGGUAAGGUACACUUACAGCAUGCUGUCAGUCAUAGGGACAUCUUAUGCUGUCUUGACAUGGCUCAGUCAAACACUGUGGAUGCCAAUUUACCCUCUGUGUGUUCUUGCCGAAGCGUUCACCAUCUAUCAGUCCCUGCCUUAUUUUGAGUCAUUUGGCACAAAUUCCACCAUGCUUCCAUUUGACGUAUCCACCUAUUUCCCUUAUGUGCUGAAGCUGUAUCUCAUGAUGCUCUUCAUAGGUAUGUAUUUCACCUACAAUCAUCUUUAUACAGAAAGAAAAGACAUCCUCCGAGUUUUUUCUGUCAAACAGAAGAACAUGUGAGGUAGCCUGUCGCACAGAGGAGAGGAUGGACUGGUGGAUUAAGCUGCAACAAAUACAGCCCUGGGCACCUGCUAGAGAAAAAGAACAUAGAACUGGAAAAAAUUCUACCAUGGUGACGUGCUCCAAAGCUACUAUGCUUUAAGAACAAAUCCCCAACAGUUGCAGCAUACACUGCCUCACCAGGACUGUGGGCUUUAUACAAGUUACAUUUAUAAUGAGUGAACUCUGAAUGUUUUCCUGUAAUGUUAAUGAGAAAUAGAUUCAGUGGAGUAAAUUCAAUUGACUUGAGAAACCAA